CUCUCCCAAUACCUCCUUUGAUGCUUUGAUGAACAGCAUCAAAGUUGUUAUUUGGAUUGGAGACCUCUGAUUGGCUGUUGAUUGCUUUAAAUACUGUUCAAGUUUAAGACAGUUGCUGUUGCACUCUGACCUUGACUGAGACAUAAAGCCUUUUGACUUCAAGUUCCAGACAAGAAAGGAAAAUAGUGCAUCAACUGUUCAAACAGCUUCUUCAAAAGAUCGAUCUACUCUCUGUGGUGAACCAUGCAGAAACCAGACGUUGUGACGGCCCUCAAUGCCGAACUCCUCACAGCCUACAGGAGGAUUCUGGCUCUUAAGGAGGAGGUGUGGCAGCUGAAAAACCAGCUUCAAAACAGUGAUGUCAUAAAGAUGGUUUUGGAGAAGGAGAAGGAGGAGGAGGAGGAGAAGGAGAAGGAGAAGGAGAAGGAGAAGGAGCAGGAGCAGGAGAAAGAGAAAGAGAAGGAGAAGGAGCAGGAGAAAGAGAAAGAGAAGGAGCAGGAGAAGGAGAAGGAGAAGGAGAAGGAGAAGGAGAAGGAGAAGGAGACCCAGGCCUUGAAGGAGAAGGUGGAGCAGCAGGAAAACCAGCUGAAAGAAAAAGAUUGUAUCAUAAAGAAGGAGGUGAAGAAACGGCGUGCUCGCCUCAGGGCCUACCUUGACUGCCUUGCUGAGCUGACUGUCUCUCAGGCCAAGAAUAAGAUGAUGGAAGCAAGUCUGCUCCAGGAGCCACCCCAGGAGGAGAAGGAGAAGGAGAAGGAGAAGGAGAAGGAGAAGGAGAAAGAGAAAGAGAAAGAGAAGGAGAAGGAGAAGGAGAAGGAGAAGGAGAAGGAGAAGGAGAAGGAGAAAGAGAAGGAGAAAGAGAAGGAGAAAGAGAAGGAGAAAGAGAAGGAGAAGGAGAAGGAGAAGGAGAAGGAGAUCCAGGCCUUGAAGGAGCAGGUUGAUCAACUGCACCUUCAGCUGAAAGACAAAGACUGUGUCAUAAAGAAGGAGGUGAAGAAACGGCGUGCUCGCCUCAGGGCAUAUCUUGACUGCCAUGCUGAGCUGACUGUCUGUCAGGCCAAGAAUGAGAUGAUGGAAGCAAGUUGGCACCAGGAGCCUGCGACAACAAGGAGCAGUGAGGUGGAGGUCAAGAAGGAGAUGGAGAACGAGAAGGUGCUCGCUUCAAGGCCUAAAGGAGACGAAACUGCAGCAGGAGACAACACCAACUAUGGGACUGAGCUGCAGAAAGGAGGAGGCUGAGCUGAGCUGGAGGAGAGAGAAGAGGUGGAGAAGC